ACACAGUCGUCUUCAUCAAGCAUUCCGGUGGCCUCGACAGCGGUUACAGCAUUGUGUGCGCUCGGCAUAUGCCUAUUUGCUGUCUACUGGGCCAAGAAACGUAGACGGGCACGCGUCCAAGCAGCAUGGGUCGACUCGGUCUUUGGAGUGGGCGGACGACAUGAAACCCACAAUAGUAAGAGCAGCAAUGGCGACGACCUUUACGGUACGGGCAGUAAAACUCUGAUGUCGCGAAUGAGUUAUCAUUCGCACCAACGCGAGGACCUUGAAUCCGUCAGCGAUGGACAGAGUGAUUUGAUGGGCCAGCAACAGAUUAGGACUAUUGCAGAAAUGCAACACGCUUCUGUACUGGCAAGCGAGGCCUACACGAGAGCGCUUCAGAAUUCUGUGUUGAUCCCUGCUGCGGUAGUACGAGAGUCGCAUAGGUUUGGAGCUCAUGGCCGGAGGUAUAGUCAGGAAGCUCAGAGUCCAGUGAAAUAUAUGCAUCAGGGGCAGGAGUGUAACGAGUCCAUGUUCCAUGUGGAUCGAUAUGAUGGGUAUUACAAUCAGAACGAGGGCGAGAAGGGGAGCGAACGUGCAUAUUUGGCAGAGGUGUGUUCUCCAGCUUCAGCGGCGACAACGAUUGCUUCGCUUGCGCAUGCGUUUGCGCCGAAGGCAGAAAGAUCGGGCGCUCUAAUGUGCUCUGAUAGUAAAGGGAGGGUCCAGCGACGUCGAUCGAAUUUUGAGCCUGUGGAGGCUGCUGUGCAAGCAAGAAAACAUCUACACCAGCAUCCUUCUUUAUAUCAACGUCAUCCUGCGCACAGGAGAGUGUCAUUCUCGCUGCAACAACAACAACAACAACAGCUAGGCUAUCGACAGGCGUGUACGUCUAGCCCGAUAUCUCCAUUUGAGCAAGUGGGGUAUGACCAGUAUGACGAUCCGUUUCGGGAUGGGCUCGCGUAUGCCUCGUACUCGAACCAGCGUUCUCAUGUUCAGGCCCAGGCUUGGUCGCAUCCGUAUUUGGAUCCGCAGACGCAGUGUCGAACAAACUUGGAGGCCGACGUAUUGGUGGGGCCACCUGUAGCAGCGACACAUGAACAUUUGAUCCAUGUUCCGAAAACAACUACGACGACGACGCAUUCUGCGCCCGUAUCAGCGAACAUCUCACGGUGUCCCCCCGUCGAAGUACCCGAAUACAGACGGCCACAAAGCUUCGCAUUCGGGAGUGGCUGUUCAACAGAGCUAGAUAACGACGAGAUGCCUGUGGUUCAUCGGUAUCGGACACAUGUCUUGGAUGAGGGAGAUAGCGAGAGCCUUGAUAGUGAGAUCGAGUUGACGAAUUCCAAGUACGCAACGUACUCGAAACAGGAGAGACAGCAUCAAGUUUCAAGGGGGAUGAGUCCAGGGAAACUGUUGUCGGGGAGUUUAGGGAAGCAGUUUCGGAGGUUAUCGAUGCCGUAUGUGCAAUCGAUCCGACAGCAGCAGCAAGGAGCUGCAGGGUCGGUUGCGUAUUUGGAGGAGAGGGAUGCGAAGCUGGGGAUGAUGAGGAAAGGUGAGAAUGGGCGUGAGGAGGUAGGACCUGUGCCGGAACAGGCGAAUGGAAGCCAGGGGCGGAGGUGGAGCCGCGGAUUGUUGAGAAGUAUGGUCGAGUCGUUAAACCACCACGGUAGUGGGGUUACGAAUUUGUGUGGUGGUGGAGAAGGCGGUGGUGAGGGGCGGAUGAAGGAGGUGCAUGCGGAUGGGGACGAGAAUUUGAUAGCAGCAGGAAGGAGGGAAGAAGGAGGAACAGAAGGAGGAGGAUAUGGACAUAAACAGGUGCAUUCGGGUAGUUUGGCGAGUUUCCGGGGGCUGGAAGAUCCUGAGCAUCCUCGGUUACGGGUGAUGAACCCAGACGACGGGAUCGUAUAGGAGAUGGCGAAGCGGGUUCGUUGUAAAUGUGCCUGUUUGAGUAGAGGGCAGUAGAGUUUGUAUACUAGAUUGAUCUACACAGAUUAUGAACGCGUCCAUAGCCAUUAUAUUUUCGAGCAUGGUAUCCUAGGAGUCCAUUCCAGUGGGGCCGAACGCG